AUAUACUUAAGAAAAGCUGGACACUGUUCUUAAAAAUGUUGUCCAAGGCGAUGUUUCAGAAGUCUGUCACAGUAAAAGGCAUUCGUAACGGUCAUCACAUUUCAUGUUCAGGUGGAAAUCGAGUAUGGGUCAGUGAUUAUUUUGAACAACUUCUUUUGACAAAUACCUCGGGUGAAACGUUGGCCUCUCUGACGGAUUAUGACAGUGGUAGAGGUGCACACGCUGUUACCAAGGUCGGGGAUCUAAUUUACAUCGAUAAGAAUAAUGAUAUCAACAAAUUGUCAGCAAACAACAAAACAAAAACCCUUAUAAUAAAAUCCUCAGAAUCAUGGACCCCCCACUGUAUUUGUACUUCGCAGUCUACCGAGGAUCUGCUGGUUGGAAUGACAAAAAAUGGUACUGGUCUCUCGUUAAGUGACAUGGAAGCCAAAAUACUUCGUUACAACGCAGAAGGACAAAGCAUCCAGACUAUCCAAUACGCAUACACAGGACAGAAACUGUACACGGCUCCAAUUUACAUUGCAGAAAAUCUUAACGGAGAUGUUAUAGAGUCGGACUGGAACCGUGUCGUGGUGACAGACCGGAGAGGAAAUUAUCGUUUCUCCUACCCAGAAGAUCCGUUUGAUUAUUUGUCUCCAUGGGGAGUUUGCACAGACUCUCUGUUACAUAUCCUUAUUUGUGAUACGAUCACAUACACGGUAAAAAUGCUAGAUAAGGAUGGGUAUUUCCUUCAAUAUCUAUUGUCAUAUGAACAUGGCAUUACUGAAUUUCGAAGCUUGAGUUAUGAUUUUAGAAAUGACUUACUCUGGGUUGGAUCAUUGGACAACAACAUUCUAUCUGUGUUUAAAUACAUAGAGAAGGAAAGUAAUCAGCAAGAUCAUGAAGAAAAGGUGGAUAAAAGCAAAGAAAAAGAACUUGGAAAGGCAAACAUGACCACUACAAAUGAGGAAGAAACAAAGGAGAAUGAAACUGAUGAUGAAAAUAAGGGCACAUCUGCAGAGGCUGGUGCUAAUGGCACUAAUGAAAUGACUGGAGUUAAGAACGACACUGAAAUGACUGGACCUAACUGCACGGCUGAAAUUGCUGAUGCUAGGGACGCUACUGAAAUUGCUGGAGCUAAAGUCAACACUAAAAUGACUGGAGCUAAAGGCACAACAAAAAAGGAGAGAAUUAAAGACACCCCAGUUGAGCCUAAAGACCCCAUAAAAUGGAUGAAAUUUUGGACACCAUUAAAAAGACAGGUUCAAAAAAUUCUUGGAAAACGACAGGAAUAUCAUUUACACUGAAAAACAAAUUGAAGAUUUGUCACUUUUAAGAACGACAAAAGUUGCAUCAAAUAAUUUUUAUUUACAUGCUUUGUCAUCAGGUUUAGUUUGUUACUGCAUGUUUACAUAUUUACAUAUCUUUUACAAUAUAUUACACAAUAUGUAGAACAGCCGUACAGAAAAUAAAGCAUGGUCACUGAAUUCAAUGUGAAAUCAUGUAAAAGUAACCCCAAUACAUAAUUUAAUACAAAUAUCAUUUUAAAGAAGAAAUGACAAAGUAAUGGAAAACAUUUUUUGAGAGAUACAUUUUUUUUAUCUGAAUUGGAA